CCAAAAUUGGGCUUGGAUCGACUUGGUACGUAGUUAUGAUUUAAUCUUUUUUGUAUUUGGUACCAUACUUUUGUACGAAGUGUUGAAUUGAGAAAAAUCAUUAUUCAUUAUGUCUUGUUCAUGCUUAUUAUUUUCCAUUGCUUCUCUCACCCUCUCAUGCUCUUCCCUAACGAUCAUCAAUCUUGUGUGAGUUGUCGAAGAAACCGUCAUGAGAUCAUACUCUUUGAGAAAUCCGACAUUGAAGAAUCCACAAUUUUUUUUUUUUUUGCGCUUAUCUCGACUUUCGAGAUGAUUGAUGAUAUAAAGAGUCGUUGUUGUAUGUUCGGGAUGUUACAUUCCCUUUUCGAUUUCUUUAUCAUUCCCCCUUCUUGUGAAGCCAAAAUAAGUAGGGAUGAUAGUUCAGUUAUUUCGGUUAUAAUCGGUAACCGAUCGGCCGAUUAGCGGUUAACCUUUCUUUUAUCAUUCCCCCUUCUUGUUUGUUUGUCUCCUUUUUUGGGGAAUGGUAAAGCUGGAGACGCGGGGGAAGAAGCGAGCUAGAGAACAUGUAAUAACAUAAUAAAUACUAAUACAAGAAUGAAAGAAACACGACCAUCAACUCCAUGGAAAUCUCAACGGAAAUCCAGAAGAACCUUACUUUUCCCUUCAUCUCUCUUUAUAUAUAUAUAAACAAAUAUCUCCAUUUUUCUUUUCUAACUGACUCUUCCUGAACAAAAAUUUCUUCAUCAAGAAAUUCCCACUAAAAAAAAAGAUGGGGUUUCCAGUUGGGUACACAGAGAUAUUCAUGCCAAAGAUUUUUGUACGUAUCCUUUACUUCCUGGGAUUCCUACGUGGCAUUUUCAUUUCGGUUUCCACGUUUCUCGGCCUCUCCGAUUUCAUCGACCCCGCCGCCGCCGACGACAUCUGGCAGGACUACUCCCCGCCGUCACAGUCAACGAUGACGAUUCAACACCACCACCACAUGCAAAAUCCGCCGCCGCCGCCGACCACCGCGAUGAUUCGCGACAUCCUGCCGGUGGUGAAGUUCGAGGACUUGGGGGGCGAUCGGCCGGAGAGCUGCGCGGUUUGCCUGUACGAAUUCGGACGACGGGAUGACGUCAGGUGGCUGGAGAGCUGCCGGCACGUAUUCCAUCGGGCUUGCUUGGAUUGCUGGAUGGAUCAGGAGCGGUCCACGUGUCCGCUUUGUAGGAUGUCCUUCGCGCCAGGGGAGUUGGAUCGACGGUCGUGGGCCACGGUAGGCAACGUGGGCAAACGAAGGCGGUUGAUCUGCUAAAAAAAAAUUAAUAUAAUUAGCUAGCUAAUAUAUACCCGCUUGUAUAUAUAUACAUAUCAUAUGGAAUGGGAAAAAGAAACGAGUUGAGGAAAUUGGCUUUCUGAUGAACUUUUUUUUUUAUUAAAAAUCAGUUUCCCAUUUUUCCUUUUAUUUAGACUUUUAAUUUAUUUGAAUUGUGUCUGCCUUUUAUUUAAACUAUGGUUAUUUGUUGUGUUACUGUUAGCACAUCUGUUUUGGAUUGUGAACUGCAAGGCUAGUGAAGGUUGUUGAUUAUGAGAAAAAAAAGUAUUAAAAAAGGCAGUUUUGAGUCCUGCAUGAGUUGGGUGCUCGGGUUUAAUCGUUUUAAUUAUCUUAUCCGAAUAAAUUAGAAUCAUAUGGUUUACUUAUGAUUGGGUGGGGCCAGGGGCUAUACUUUUUAGUAAAAUCCUACCAAAUAAUAGUUAAAAUUUCAAGCAAAUAAAUCAAAGCAAAAAAACAUCAAAAUGGGUAGAGCUUAUUGUUUAGAUCUUGAUGGAGUGCAAUUUGCUUCAACAUCUGGCAAAUCUAUUCCUUAAACAUUUACUGAAUUAAGCUAAAGACGUUAU